AUGGCCGAUUCCGACGGCGAGUUUGUCGCCGACAACAUGUCAGACGACCUCAUGGACCACACGAUCGAAGACGAAGACGACGAUGACGAUCACCACCACACCUCGACCGCCGGAGAGCGGCCCUCCCGAACCUCUGGCGGCGGGCGAUCAAAGCGCCGAAAAAAGGACGGCGCCGGUGGCGGCGCCAGCCGCAAGAAGAAGGCGUCGGCGCAGGCGUGGGAGCAGUCGAAGCGGACGUGGGAGACGGGCCUGCCCGAGGAGGGUGACGACGGAACGCUGGACCUGACGACGCUCGAGGCGGAGAAGCGGCGGCGGCUGCGACGCGACACGACGCCGCUGCAGCGCGGCAUCAUCCGGCACCUGGUGCUGGUGCUCGACAUGUCGUUUGCCAUGGCCGACAAGGACAUGCUGCCGACGCGGCACCGCCUGACGCUGCGCUACGCGGCCGCCUUUGUGCGCGAGUUCUUUGAGCAGAACCCCAUCUCGCAGCUCGGCAUCGUCGGCAUGCGCGACGGCGUGGCGGUGCGCGUCAGCGACCUCGGCGGCAACCCGGCCGAGCACCUGGAGCGGCUCAAGGCGCUCGAGAGCCAGGAUCCGCAGGGGAACCCGAGCUUGCAGAAUGCCCUGGAAAUGUGCCGCGGAUGCAACGCUAACGAAUUCAAUGUACACACAAAUAGUCAUGCACCAUCGCACGGCACGAGAGAAGUCCUCAUCAUCUACGGCGCGCUCCUCUCGAGCGACCCCGGCGACAUCCACGACACCCUGGCGAGCCUCAUCAACGACCGGAUCCGCGUCUCCAUUGUCGGCCUCUCGGCGCACCUGUCCAUCUGCGCGGAGCUGUGCGCGCGGACCAACGCCGGCGACACGUCGCAGUACGGCGUCGCCACGGACGAGGUGCACUUUCGGGAGCUCUUCCUGGCGGCAACGACGCCGCCCGUCACGCGCACCAAGGAGCAGAGCACCGCCAGCCUGCUCAUGAUGGGCUUCCCCUCGCGCGUGCUGGCCCCCGGCGGCGCCACCAGCUUCUGCGCCUGCCACAACCGGCCCUGCCGCGAGGGCUUCCUCUGCACCCGCUGCGGCACCCGCGUCUGCCGUCUGCCCGCCGAGUGCCCCGCCUGCGCGCUCACGCUCAUCCUCUCGACGCACCUCGCGCGCUCCUACCACCACUUGUUUCCGCUGCGCAACUGGGUCGAGGUGUCGUGGGCCGACGCGGUCGGGCGCUCCCCGGCGUGCUUUGCUUGUCAGUGCCCGUUUCCUGCGGCGGCGGCGACGGGCGGCGACGCGUCUGCUAGGGAGGAGGGCCAGGGGAAGAAGCGGCCGACGGUCAAGGGGGUCAGCGAGAGCGGGCGGUAUGCGUGCGAGGUGUGCGGGAACCACUUUUGCAUCGACUGCGAUGUGUACGCCCAUGAGGUUAUACACAACUGCCCUGGCUGCCAGAGUAAUGUGCAGCCGGCCCAAGACGAGGCUGCCUAUUCGAAUGGACUCAGCAACGGCCACACCAACGGCGCCAUGACGAUUGAUGCGUAG